GGCUGCGCGCGCUGGGGGCGGGGCCUGCUCGGUGCCCGCCCCCCGGAGGGGCGGGGCCUGGGGGCCGGAAGGGCUCCCGCGGGCAGCGCCCCGUGGAGGCGGUGACACGUGCGGGCCGCCGGGACCCGGAUGCCCGGCCCCCGCCAUGCCCAUCGUGGAGAAGCUCCGCGAGGCGCUGAAGCCGGGCCGCCGGGAGCAGGGCGAGGACGCGGAGCUGGGCCGGCUGCUGGCCGCCUCGGCCAAGAAGGUGCUGCUGCAGAAAAUCGAGUUCGAGCCCGCCAGCCGCGGCCCGGGGCAGCCGGAGGGGCUGCGGGGCAAGUACCUGCUGCUCAACCCCCCCCGGCCGACCCCCGCCCCACAGCGCACAGCCCCCCCCGAGGGGCCGCCCGGGAGGCAGGGCGGUGAGCAUGGGCCGGGGGACGGGGUCCCCGCCCCGCAGAAGGUGCUGUUCCCCGCCGAGCGCCUGUCCCUGAGGUGGGAGCGGGUGUCGCGGGUGGGCGCCGGGCUGCACAACCUGGGCAACACGUGCUUCCUCAACGCCACCCUGCAGUGCCUCACCUACACGCCGCCCCUCGCCAACUACCUGCUGUCCAAGGAGCACGGCCGCGCCUGUCACCACGGAGGCUUCUGCAUGAUGUGCGUUAUGCAGAAUCACCUGAUCCAGGCUUUUGCCAACAGCGGCAACGCCAUCAAGCCGGUGUCCUUCAUCCGAGACCUCAAGAAGAUCGCCCGGCAUUUCCGCUUCGGCAGCCAGGAGGACGCGCACGAGUUCCUGCGCUACACCAUCGAUGCCAUGCAGAAGGCCUGCCUCAACGGCUGCACCAGGUUGGAUCGCCAGACCCAGGCCACGACGCUGGUUCACCAGAUCUUCGGCGGCUACCUGCGCUCCCGAGUGAAGUGCUCAGUGUGCAAGAGCGUCUCGGACACCUACGACCCCUACCUGGACGUGGCGCUGGAGAUCCGGCAAGCUGCAAACAUCGUGCGGGCGCUGGAGCUGUUUGUGAAGUCAGACGUGCUGAGCGGGGAGAACGCCUACAUGUGUGCCCGGUGCAAGAAGAAGGUCCCAGCCAGCAAACGUUUCACCAUCCACCGGGCUUCCAACGUCCUCACGCUCUCGCUGAAACGCUUUGCUAACUUCAGCGGAGGCAAAAUCACAAAGGACGUGGGGUACCCCGAGUUCCUGAACAUCCGGCCCUACAUGUCUCAGAACAACGGGGACCCCGUCAUGUACGGGCUGUACGCGGUGCUGGUGCACUCGGGCUACAGCUGCCACGCCGGGCACUACUACUGCUACGUGAAGGCCAGCAACGGGCAGUGGUAUCAGAUGAACGACUCCCUGGUCCACUGCAGCAACAUCAAGGUGGUCCUCAACCAGCAGGCCUACGUGCUCUUCUACCUGAGAAUCCCCAGCCCCAGGAAGGGCUCAGACGGAGCCGUUGCCAAAGCCAGCUGCAGCCUGCCCAGCCGCCCAGCCUCCGUCUCUGACCAGAUCAGGAAAAGCUCAACCAACGGGCCCCUGCCGUCACCGCUGCUGGGCCGGAGACCGGAGGUGCUGCCGGGCAAGAAGCUGCCGGGGCCAGAGGAGAUCGGGGUCCCGGUGGCCCGCGGUGCGCCGGGCACGGGGCCGAAGCUGCUGAACGGAUGCACCCCAUCGAGGCCACCCGCUGCGUCCCCGUCACCCAAGCUGCCCCUCAGAGCCACCCAGGCAGCCGCAGCGCCCACCGAGGAUGUGACCCGGAGACCCAAGAAGCCGCCGUCCUCCCCGCAGCAGCCUCAGGCACCCAGGGCAGCUCAGGGCCCCGGCAGCACGGCCAGGCCUGCGGCGGAUCUGCCCCGGCAGAGCUCUGGGGACAGCAAGCAGCCACCCGCCUCGCCACAGCCCGGCCCUGGCACUCCGGAGCGGGGCUCCUGCAGGAGCGGCACCACCAGCCCGGCACACAGCGCGGCGGGGGACCCGGCCAAGGCGCCCCAGAAAGCCAAAACCGCAGCGGGAGGAGGCUUCUGCCCCUCUGAGGACACGGACUGUGGCGCGGAGCUCCCCGCCGAGCCCGCCGGCCCCGAAGACUCCAAGGUGGUGAAACCGAAAUCCUCGCAGCUGGGCAGCGCGGCGGGGGAGCCGGGCAGCACCAUGUCACCGCCCCCGGCCAAGAAGCUGGCACUCUCUGCCAAAAAGGGCAGCACCCCGCGGAGGGCGAGCGGAAGUGACCGCCGCGCGCAGCCUCACCCGCCACCCGCCGGCCUCUCCUUCCCCACGACCACCACCCACCCCGACUCCUCUCCCUGGCCUCUCGGCAAGCCCAGGCUGUCCUCAUCUGCUCUCAAACUGCCAACCCCCGAAAAGCCCACCUUCAGCUUCGCCCCCAGCUCAGCCCCUCGGCUCCCGGCCUCCCCCCUGACCAACGGUUCCACGGCCCCCUCCUCGCACCCCCGUCCUGCCUGCGGCGGGGAGCACGGGCCCGGCCACAGCCCCCCCGCUCCCCUCAAGAAGAAGCAUCGCAAGCAGCACCCUGGAGCAGGCGGCAGCCCCUGCGCUCUGGCUGUGAACGGCAAGGACGAAGCCUGCAGCCCCCCCAAGAAGAGGAGGAACGUGGCUCAGGAGGGCUCGCUGUCCCCUGCGGGGAGGGGGGCGGCCGCUGUGGAUGGUGGUGGGGGCCGGGAGGAGCAGCAGAGCCGCCCCAAGCAGCAAACAUCAGCCCCCAGCUGCUUCCCGGGCACGGAGCCUGUGCCCCCGCCCAAGAAGAAGAAGAAGAAGAGGCGGCUGCAGGAGAUGGAGGAGCGCUGCCUCGGGACGCUGCCCUCGGGCAGCUCCAGGAGGGCCGAGGCAGAGCCCUGGCAGCCGAAGCAGCAGAGCCCAGGCCCCGGCCCUGCAGAGAGCGAGCAUCGCAAGCGCAAACACAGGGAAAGCCUGGGCAGCCCCCCCGCGGAGCUGGCGGCUGCCCCCAGCACCCCAGCAGCAGCGGGUGCCUGGGGCAGCCCUGGCCCUGGCAGCCCCCCCCGCAGCCAGGAGCGCAGCGUGGUGCAGGAGCUGCUCAGGAACUCCUUGGACAAGGCGUACGGCAAGCAAGUGCUGACGUGGGGGGGCGAGCUGUCGGCUGUCAGCCAGGACGCCAUCCGGGACGCGGCCUGGGCCCGCAGCGAGACCGUCAUCGAUGAGUGGGACGAGGAGUUCGACCGAGGGAAGGUGAAGAAGGUGAAGAAGCUGAGGCGGGAGCGGCGGCGCCACCUCAACCCCUUCCAGCAGCUGCAGAGCAGGCGCAACUUCUGGGCCGUGACGCACCCGGCCAAGGUGGCCAGCCUCAGCUACCGGCUCUGAGGUGCCGAUGGAGCAGCGCCGGGUCCGGCCCUGAGGAGCAGCGUGGGGGGGUCCUGGAACUGCUGCCCCCCCCCUGGGGCUGGGGGGGGGGCCGGGGGGGUCUGGCCUGCAGUGAGGGCCCCCCCCCGGGUGGGUGCUGCUGCAGGGGGGCUCGGUGCAGCCCCAGCCCUGGGCAGCUCCUGAGUCGUCCC